CCGGAUAGACGGAGACGAAGCGAUAGCAAACAAGGAGAGCGAUAAAUUUCGGGAUAGUGAGGCGAAGAAAAAACUAAACUUGCGCAGAAGGCAGAAACCAUGGCGCUGCUGCUUCAUGGCUCAUCCGCCGUUGUGUUACCAUCACCGUCUUCUUCUUCUUCUUCGUGGGUGAAUCCCAGCAGCAUCUCGAGCUGUAACAGCAGCAGCCCCUUUGUGGUCGGAUUCUCUGCUCCGGCACAGCAGCGGCGGAGGUCGUCACUGGUCGUUGUUGCUUCCCAGAAGAGUGCUUUCAACAUGGAUUACAGGAUGAAUAGGGAUUUUAGGGAUUUCAGGAUGGCGUUGAAAGAAGAGGAGAAGGAGGAAGAGAAGGAAAGAAAGGAGAAACCCCCUCACAUCCCACUCGACCAGCGCUGGAUGUUCGAAGAAUCUGAACUCGGCGGUCCUGACAUUUGGAACACGACUUGGUAUCCAAAAGCAGCUGAUCAUGUGAAUACGGAGAAGGCAUGGUUCGUUGUGGAUGCCACUGACAAGAUCUUGGGAAGAUUGGCGUCGACCAUUGCUGUUCAUAUCCGUGGGAAGAAUUUGGCCACCUACACUCCUAGUGUAGAUAUGGGCGCAUUCGUCAUUGUGGUGAAUGCAGAGAAAGUUGCUGUAUCUGGUAAGAAGAGAACCCAAAAGCUAUAUAGGCGGCACUCUGGAAGACCAGGUGGUAUGAAAAUAGAGACCUUUGAUCAGCUGCAACAGAGGAUUCCUGAGAGGAUCAUUGAACAUGCUGUUCGUGGGAUGCUUCCUAAAGGAAGGCUUGGGAGAGCAUUGUUCAACCACCUUAAAGUUUACAAGGGCCCAGACCAUCCUCACGAGGCACAAAUGCCAGCUGAGUUGCCGAUCAGGGACAAACGAAUCCAAAAGCAGAGCUAGAUUUGCAACUUCAAGUAACAAGUUUCAGAUUGUAAGCUUGCACAAUUGCUAGUCUGAGUGCAGUCAAGCAAUUGGUAGAUUACUGCUGUGUUUGUUUGUUUCAUGUAAUGUAGUUUGCUGCAGUUUGGUUGGUUCAUGUAGGUUGACGUCGUUGUUUGUAUUCAGGAAACGAAUCUACAUUGUAUUUCUCUUACUUACAAGUUACAACACAAGGUAACCUUACAUUGAAUCAGAAAGAAUUGUUUCGGCUUAUCAGUGGAAUUCGGCUCUGGAACGGGGUGUUCUUUUCGUGGAAUGAUGUAAUGUCAGAUAUUCCCUUGUUUGGAUAGUCAUCGUCUUUAAGAGGCCGUAGCACCAAAUAUCCAUCACAUGUGUGCAGCAUCAGCACGUUCCUUCCUCAUCAGGAUUUUGAUAACCCUCGUGUCAAAAAUCAAAGUUUUAUAUUAAGGUGUAUAAGAUUUAUUAUUAAACCUUUUUAAAUAACUGGAGUUAUUGGGAUCAACUGAUUAUUAACCCGGUAUUAGAUCCUUUUGUGAAUAAAAGAUCUUUUAUUUGAAUUCCGAUAACUCCCGUUGGUAUGCAUAUGGUGAUUCUUAACCUGGUAUUGGAUCUUUUUGUGAUUAAAAGGUCUUUUGUUUGAAUUCCAAUAAUCCCCAUUGGUAAGCACAUGACGUGUCAUACAUGUGCAAACUUCAACCCUAUAUAAGUGGCUUUCGUGUGAGGGUCCGGGUGUGUUAGUAUGUGGUAUAGAAUUCAUUACUAAAACCUCUCUCAAUAACUUGAGUUAGUGGAAUCAACGGGUUCUUGACACUAGUCUUUUUUAGAGAUGAAAACCUUUUAAGUACAGAUCCGGAUAUGUUUCCCUGCGGGUAGGGCUGGAAGUUUGGUACCGGUAGUAUUUGGGAUAUACCAAAUACCGUAUCGAAUUUGUAUAUAUUUGGUAUUACCGAAUACACGUAUUAUUUCUUGAGAUUGGAAUUGAGUUUCAAUUGUUAUUCGGUAUUAGGGAUUACGGGAUUGUGGUCGGUAUAUACCGAAAUACCGAUCAAUACCGAAAUAUAAGCUAGUGUGUAUUUUCUCUUCUCAACUAGACUCUCUCAUUCACUACUACAUGACCUUCAACCACCAAGAGUGUCAUUUAAUUAUACACAUAUCAUUCCAUCACUAUUAAUAGUCGUCUCUCAACCUCCAAUUCGUCAAAUUAAAGAUUACCAAUGACAAGAACUUGAGAUGUCUCCCCUCCUCCAUUCUCCGUAAUAAUUUCCUAAUUCAAGACUCUUUACUCAGUCCUUUUCCCCUAAAUUAAACAAUAAAAUAUAUAUUUAAUUAUUAACUGCAAAGGAAAUUAAUUUCGUAUUCGAUAAUACCGAUUGGGAUACCGAAGUAUCGAUUGGGAUACCGAAAUAUUUAAGGAUUGGGAUUGGGAUACCAAAAUUAUUUAGAGAUUGAGAUUGGGAUUGACUUUAGAGUGUAAUUCGGUAAUCGGGAUUUCGGUAUUUGGUAUUGAGAUACCGAUACCGUACCGAUUUCCACCCCUACCUACGGGCAUGGCUGAGAUACAUCGAUGUCAAAGUGUAUAAUAUGACCGAUCGAGGUGUACAUGUAAUUCUAGUAGAUGAUGUAAGAUCGUACCCUUGAACCUCUCAUAACAGUUUAAGUUAUUAAGACCAAACGAUUGUUGAUGGUUGACAUAAUAUUAGAGGCUUUCAAUUGUGGAGACAUCAUUGACAUAUAUGUCAUAUGUUAACAUAUAUAUAAUAUAUGUAGCCAGCCAUAUCAGACUAUAUUGUACAGAUCUGGACAACAACGUGGUGAUGAUGGCUGUCAUAUAUAGAAAGAAAAGUUGCUUGGUCUACAUACAACACCGGCCAAAUUGCCACCUACGAAAUUAACAAUCAUUCACCAACAAAUCAUAGAUUUGAUUCCAUAUAACAAAUUAGCUCAAACAGC